GUAAACCUAGUCAGAAUGGAACGAUUAAAACUGAUGAGUUUAGCAGCGCUGGUCAUUCAAUCGUCUCUAGUGACAAUGACAACUCGUCACUCACGGACCAAGCAUGUCGAUGGACACAGGUACCUACCAACCACAGCUGUUGUGUUGUCAGAGUUCUUCAAGGUCAUCAUUAGCAUUUUUGUCCUAGCAGUGACAGUUCGUAAGUCAUUACUUUCGCAUUUAAUCUCCCUGGGCAAUGACGUCAUCAGAUGUUGUGUACCAGCUGUGCUGUAUACGGUGCAAAACAACCUGCAGUUUGUGGCUGUCAGUUAUUUAGAUGCAGCAACUUUUCAGGUAACCUAUCAACUGAAGAUUCUGGCCACUGCCGUGUUCUCUGUUUGCUUGCUGCGACGACACCUUGAUGCCUUGCACUGGUCAUCCUUGCUGUUGUUAACUAUUGGAGUUGUUAUUGUCCAGUUCCCGAAAUCAGGUGAGUGCUCCACGAGUAAAAAGCCAUGUGACGCCAAUGGAGGUCAUAGUUCAGGGAUGUUUACAGGGGUCAUCGCAGUGCUGAUCAUGUGUCUCAGCUCAGGGUUUGCUGGCGUCUACACGGAGAAGAUCAUCAAAUCCACAUCGAGCAUUGAGUCCCUGUGGCUGAGGAACUUACAGCUGGCUGCGGCGAGUGUCUUUGUUGGAGCUGCGUGUGUUUACUUGAAUGACGGAGCAGCCGUGGCCAACUCCGGGUUCUUCCAGGGAUACGACACUUUCACCUGGGUUGUUAUAUUUCAACAGACCAUCCUUGGCCUUAUCAUUGCCUUCGUGAUGAAAUACGCUGACAACAUUCUCAAAGGAUUUGCCACCUCUGUUGCCAUCGUCAUCACAACUGUGAUCUCUUCACUUGUUUUACACGACUUGCAGUUGUCAAGCUCCUUCCUUGUUGGAACCUCCAUGGUGAUACUCUCGGCAUUACUCUAUAGCAUGGAUAGAAAUGUGAAUAUAUCAAACUCAGAAACUGUGAUAUAA